ACUACAACUCAAAUAACUCACCUCAGACGAAAUCAUGAGUGGAUCACGAGCUAGACAGAAUUUCGCCAAGGAAUGUGAAGAUGCUCUGAACAAACAGAUCAACAUGGAACUGCAAGCUGCAUACGACUACAUGGCUUUCUUCACCUACUUCGAUCGAGAUGAUGUCGCCUUCCCGAGAGCUGCUGAAUUCUUCCGAAAGGCAUCACAUGAAGAACGUGAACACGCUGAGAAAUUGGCGAAGUAUGUUAACAAGCGUGGUGGUCGUGUCCAGUACAGCGAUAUCAAGACUCCGUGUAAGACGGAGUUCAGUGGUCUGGUGGAUGCGAUGAAUACGGCUCUGGCGAUGGAGAAGGCAGUGAAUGAGGUAAGUCAUACGCACAAACACACAUGCACAUGCAUACAUUCAUACCUAGUCAUGCAUACUCCCAUAUUCCUAGAUAAGUUGUUCGUUCAGUUGUGAAAACACCUCAUUAUGCCUACAUUGCUCCCCAUAUCAUACUCCUGAAAUGAUAGUUUCACACUAUAUGUAAAAUUCUUGAUUGAGACUUGAUGUAUCACUUCAAGUUUCUGGUGACUAAGAGAAUUUCCAGGUGUGAUGUAAGUGUGAGUUAUUUAGAUAGUAGUAGGUUUGUUUCCACCACGUCAGUCCGAUAGGUGGCUGAAUUCACUGUAGGUGUUAACACCAUGUGUUAUCAAGUUUCAUCAUUACAUCUUCCCUCAUGAAGUAACUACAUGAAAUUCCUGAAUAAAUCUCAGAGAAUAAAUCACUACACCUUGUGUAGUUUCCUUCAUUCUUUUUCUGUGGGAUGUUUAAUUAGUGAGUGAGGCUGCUAACAUCAGACCACCAAACCUGUCCUCAUCCACCUCAAUGUGGCAGGAGGUUUACAAAUGCAUCAGCCGACGAUGAAUCUCUGCAAAGUAUUGCGAGAUUGGCACUCACGCUACCACUGACCAUCUCGAGGGGUUUCAAUAUCGGUGCAUCUCCCUAAGGAUUUCUGAUGUCAACAGAUAACUCAGUGUACAUCUAUCAUUUCACUAUAUCGAAAAUAUUCAUUCUGACAUCAACAAAUCACAAAAUAAUUGAGCAAGAAUAUCAUUUUGAAUAAUUUCCUCUUCUGGCUGUUUAAUUCUAUGUAUGUUUAUAUACAUAAAAUCUUCUAGAAUAGUAGUCAAUAAGAAUUUUCAGAAGCCUAAUUUGUUCAUCAAGAAGAGGCUAGUUCAAACCUCCUCCAUACCUUGGCCAUCUAGGUUUGAAUGAGCCUCAAUUGUUGUGGAAUUUUCCUACUUUUAGUUGAUAUAGUAUUUGGUAUUAUAUCAUCAUUAUUAUUCUUAUAAUUCAAGCAUCUUUAAUGACAUGUAAUUGCACUGAUCUUCAUUUAGGAAUCGAUAUUGUUUAAAAAACAGCAAUAUUGAUAUUGACUACUAUUCCAGAAUAUUCUAUGUAUAUCAUAUUAUAUAUAUGUACACUUGUGGAGCCAGAAGAGAAAACCUUCGAGGAAGAGAUUAUUUGCUUAAUUAUUUUGUGAUUUAUAGAUAUCCAUGAUUUGAUAAUUUGACACACCGAUACUAAUCACUAAUCAUCACCAUGACACUCAUAUCAACAAAACUCACAAGUCUCGAUUUCACACACUCCCCACAUAUUUUCGUGCACACACAUCGAAGGGAAGUAGAAAAUCACAGUUAUUUGAGAGAGCUAGUAAUUCCCCAUUUCCACUGAUUAGUUAAAUAAUAUCAUUCGAUAAAAUGUAUCACUGUCUAAUUCAUUCCCUGUCUGACUCUCUCUCUCUCUCUGUCUAUCUUUGUUUUUCUCCCAUCCUUAGUCACUGUUGAAACUCCAUGAUGUCGCUUCGA